AUGGCCCUGCCCUGGGACCUGUUGACCUUCAGGGACGUGGUCGUCGAGUUCUCUGCGGAGGAAUGGGACUGUCUGAGCUCUGCCCAGCGGGCUCUGUACAGGGAGGUGAUGUUGGAGAACUACCGGAACUUUGUAUCCCUUGGUGAGCGUGACGUCCCCCUGCAAGCUGGGACCUGCCCUGGCCACGUACUGGACCGGAUGGAGGACCUCUGUGAAGACUUCCACAUCGUGAAACGGCCACCGUCGCCCUCCGAGAAACGUUACAAAGGCGAUGAGUGUGAUGCAGCCUUGAAAGGUAGCUCAGACAUCACAAAUACUGAGCAGAGACCAUAUAAGUGUAAGGUAUGUGACAAGGCCUUUCAUCAGCGCUCAAAUCUCUGGAACCACUUGAGGAUCCACACCGGGGAGAAACCUCACAAAUGCGGCGAGUGUGGCAAGGCCUUCCGCUGGCGCUCAGUCCUCACCAAGCACCAGCGCAUCCACACAGGCGAGAAGCCCUAUGAGUGUCGCGUGUGCAGCAAGGCCUUCAUCCACAAGUCCAACCUCCUGGAGCACCAGCGGAUCCACACUGGCGAGAAGCCAUACAAAUGCAGCGAGUGUGGCAAGGCCUUCGUCAAUAACUCGAGCCUGGUGGAGCACCUGAGAAUCCACACUGGGGAGAAGCCCUACAAGUGUGGCGAGUGUGGCCGGGCCUUCAAAUGCAGCUCCAACCUCACCAGCCACCAGAGGACCCACAAGGGAGAGAAGCUGUUUAAGUGCGAUGCCUGCGACAAGGCUUUCCUGCACCAUUCCAGCCUCAUGGAGCAUCAGAGGAUCCACACCGGGGAGAGACCUUACAAAUGCAGCGAGUGCGACAAGACGUUUAGGUGGCGCUCGGUGCUCACGAAGCAUCUCCGGAUCCACACAGGGGAGAAGCCACACGCGUGUGGCGUGUGUGGGAAAGCGUUCAUCCAGAAAGCAAACCUUGUGAAACAUCACCGGAUCCACACUGGCGAGAAGCCGUACAAAUGUAAUGAGUGCGGCAAGGCCUUCAUCAAUAACUCCAACCUCGCCGAACAUCAGCGCAUCCACACUGGGGAGAAACCUUACAAAUGCGGCGAGUGUGACAAAGCCUUCAAGUGCAGCUCCAACCUCACCAGCCAUCAGAGGAUCCACAACGGGGACAAGCCAUUCAAGUGUAGCGUGUGUGACAAGGUCUUCAACCACAGGUCCAGCCUUUCAACCCAUCAGAAAAUUCAUACCAGAGAGAAGCCUUACAAGUGUAAUGAAUGCGGCCUAACUUUUGUCCAAAAUGCCACGUUGGUGGAGCAUCAGAGGAUCCAUCGUAACAGAGCAAAACUUUACACGUAA